AUGGCGUUGCCGGAGGACGCCGCUGCGGUUCUGGAGCAGUUUGUUCACGAUGCAAAAGACAUGCAGAUCAGUGCAUUCAAAGACGAAAUCAACAAGCGAGAUGUCCAGCUGCAGAAAUGGGUGCGCACGAACGGUGGCCAUGUCCUGAAUCCCAAGGAGGAAGCCUUCUCCAAGACCAUCAACGAAUGCUACGACAAGUGCGAGGUCAUCCAAGCUCAGAAGCUAGGUCUGUCAGAAAAGGCCCUGAAGAUCCUCGAACGGCAGAUCAAACGUCUCGACACUGGACUGCGAGGCCUCGCCCAGACAGAGCAGUUCCCUUCCGACUGGGGUGGUCCAAGUCUCCUCAGCGCGACUCCCACAGGCGCCAGCACUCCCAUCACCGGUCAAGCUGGCAUGCCUCUCCCACUCCAAGUUGUUAGCGGCAACAUCGGCAGCACAGGAGGCGCACCCAACAUCGCCAACGCCGCACAAAUACGACUCGCCCAGAACGCCGCCGCAGGAAUUCGCAACUCCCCCGGCGCCGGACAAGCCCUCCCCACCAGCGCAUCUCGCUCUUCCCGCGAAGGCUCCAGCGAAGCUAACAAGCGCCGCCGCCUCAACGCCUCCAUCGGCAACCUCCCCACCGCAUCCUCCAACCUCCGCCAAUCCUCUCUCGGCCCCGGCACUCCCAAACCCGGCACUCCCAACCCCAGCUCCAACGCACCCAAUUCCUCUCGCGCCGGCUCCGCCCAACCCGCCCGCCCCACCGCCGGGCACAAGAAAAACCCCUCCUCCGCCAUCGGCAACCCCGCCCGCAAACCCCCACCCACCUCCUCUACCACCUCCAAAAAGUCCCGCUCCCGCCCCAAAAAAUCCUCCGACCGUCGUCGCCAGCUCGCCCGCGACCGCACCACUACUCCCUCCACCAACGCUUCCCUCUCCGGCUCCGACGACGAAAACGAAACUUCUCACCGCGACGGCGAUGGUUCCCCUUCCCCGUCUUCUGCCCUCCUCUCGCAAGCCGACGGCGGCGUGGAUAAGAUUGCUGAAGACGAUGAGGGUGAUGAUGAGACGCUGUAUUGUCUGUGUCAUAAGUGGUUUCACUACAAGUGUGUGGGAGUCACGGAGGAGCCGAAGGGGGAGUGGUUGUGUCCGAGCUGUAGGGCUUUGCCGAGGACUUCUCGCCAGACUUUGGGGCUGGAAUGGUUCAUGAUUGAGCAGUUUUCGUGUGCACGCCACUCGGAGCGCAACCGCGGACAAGCUCUGCUGGGCGAGAUGAUCAAGUGUUUGAGGGUGGAGUGCAAUGACGAGGGAGUACAUCCCCGGGAAGAUGGCGCUGUACCAGGCGAGAGCUUCGAGCUCGGCAACUCCUGGUAUGCGAAAGUCCAGCGCCUUGCAGGCAGAUUCCGGGUCGAGCAGAGAGGGAUUGAGAGAGUGCCAGAAGAUGAACGAACAGAAUUCGGGACGAGAGCGUUGUUCAACAUUGCGACAAUGUGGCUCUCAGCAAACAUGGUCGUCUCCUCCUUCGCCAUCGGCCUCCUCUCCAAAUCCGUCUUCUUCCUCGGAACAGCAGACGCCAUGAUCGUAGCCCUCAUCUUUAACCUCAUCGGCAUAACACCCGUCUGCUUCUUCUCCACCUUCGGCCCCAAAUUCGGAUUACGCCAAAUGGUCCUCUCCCGCUUCUGGUUCGGCUGGUGGGGCGUCAAGCUGAUCGCAAUCUUCAACCUCCUCGCCUGCCUCGGCUGGUCCGCAGUAAACUCCAUCGUCGGCGCCCAGCUCCUCCACGCCACCACCCCCUCCCUCCCCGGCUACGGCGGCAUCCUCAUCAUCGCCCUCGCCACCCUCGCCAUCACCCUCUUCGGCUACCGCAUCGUGCACGCCUACGAAUUCUACUCCUGGCUCCCCGCCUUCCUCGUCUUCCUCAUCACGCUCGGCACCUUCGCGCACUCGGGCGAGUUCACCCCCAUACCCAUGGGGACCGGAACCGCCGAACUAGGCAGCGUGCUCUCCUUCGGCGCGACAGUCUACGGCUUCGCGACUGGCUGGUCGUCCUAUGCGGCGGACUAUACAGUUUAUCAAGGCCCCUCGCAAUCUCGACGGAAAGUCUUCCUCGCCACCUGGCUCGGGCUUAUCAUCCCUUUACUCUUCACCGAAUUCCUCGGUAUAGCAAUCAUGUCCGCCACCUCCCUCAACGCCGGCUCAAAUCGCUACCAAACGGUGUUGGAGAAUUUCAUGAACUUUAUCGGAUACUGGUUGGCGAUAUAUGAGGGAAUCGCGUUGACGGAACAUUUCGUCUUCAGGCGGGGGUUUGGAGGGUAUGCGCCAGAGGAUUAUGAUGUUCCGAGUCGGUUGCCUCCCGGAAUUGCGGCCAUGGGAGCGUUUGGUAUGGGAGUUGUGGGUAUGGUGAUGGGUAUGAGCCAGACGUGGUUCGUGGGGCCGAUUGCGUUGUUUGCUGGGAAGAAGCCGUUUGGAGGAGAUGUUGGGUUUGAGCUGGGUUUCGGCUUCGCGGCGGUGAGUUAUUUCGCUUUGAGGCCCGUUGAAAAGAGGUAUUUCCGGAGGUAG